CGAAUAAAUAAAAAAUAAAAAUUCAACAAUAUCCAAUCACAUUUCCAGCUUUUCGCACUCUCUAGAAGAAGGGGGUAAAAAUAACAUUAACUUUCCUACAUUAUCGUGGGAACACAAGCAAAAGUCAAAGUAGCAUUGAAGCAUUCUUGGCAAACAAGACAAGAAUUGGGUGGCGAGAUCUCGAACCAGUCCCCUAUAAACCUCACCUCAACACAAAGCAAAGUAUCAUUCAAUCCCUAAAAACUCCCAUUUCUCUCUCAGAAAGAUCAAGAAGCCAUGGCUGGAGUUGAAUUGCUCCCUAGAGAAUAUGGAUACGUUGUUCUUGCUCUUGUCGUUUAUUGUUUCCUCAACUUCUGGAUGUCCUUUCAAGUCGGCAAAGCCCGCAAAAAGUACAAGGUGACUUAUCCAACAAUGUAUGCUAUUGAAUCUGAAAAUAAGGAUGCUAAGUUCUUUAACUGCGUUCAGAGAGGUCAUCAGAACUCAAUAGAAGCUAUGCCAAUGUUUUUCAUGUUGAUGAUUGUUGGAGGGAUUAGGCACCCAUUGAUUUGUUCAUCUCUUGGAGCUGUUUAUAUUGUGUCUCGCUAUUUCUACUUCACUGGCUAUUCCACUGGCGAUCCCCAAAAUCGUCUUAAAAUUGGGGGGUUUAAUUUCUUGGCAAUUAUGGGGCUGAUGAUUUGCUCAAUAUCUUGUGGAGUUAAUUUCCUUAUGUAAUGAAUAGUAGUCUCAAAUGGAGCAACCUCCUUGUAAUUCCCAUUUAUUUCCAGUAAAGGAUAGGAUGUCUUUUGUGUUUUUCCCUGUUGUAUUAAUUAGAUGUUAACUCUUUACUUAUUUUCCUGGUUGCUCCUAAUUUCAAGCUCCUAUUAUGUGUUCCAAGUCUUUUUUGAGUCGUACCUUUCACUGCGGAAUGCUGUCAAUAAUAUGAAUUACAUUGGUACUUUCUGUAUCAAGUUAACUUCA